GCUGUCACCUUUUGUUUUUGUUUUUUCAUUUUUCAGUUACUGUCGAUUCAGGUUCACUUAUGUGAAAAUUUCGUCGAUUUCCAGCGGCAAGUCAAGGAUCCCCACCACCAUGAACGCCUUGAGGCGCUUGACCCACCGCCCGAAUGGGAUUCGGGCUUCCCCCUGCUUCUGGUCGGGCCUUUCCCGAGCGAGCUCCACCAGCUCCUCCAGUUCCACCACAACCAGGAGCAGCAGCAACAGCAAGCAGGAGCAACCGAUUGUGACCGCCUCAGAGGUGCGUGGCGUCUCCCAGGCCCUGCUCCAGCACAAGGGCAGCCUGGGCCAGCCCACAGCCCUGUCACAUCCGCACCUCAUCCGGCCGCAGGAGCUGGUGCCGGGUGUGGAGCAGAGCGAGAUCUGCGAGCGAAGGACACUGCUGAUGCAACAUAUCCGGGCCUAUGCCCGCAACUUUGGUGCAGAGUUCAAUGGCCACCAGAGCCCCAACCACAUGCUCGUUGUUGGAGCUGCCAGCAAGAAGUACAUGAGUGGGAAGAUUCCGUACGUCUUUCGGCAGAACUCGGACUUUUAUUAUCUGACCGGCUGCCUGGAGCCGGACGCUGUGCUCGUCCUGACCAUGGACGAGUCCCAGACUGUGAUCUCCGAGCUGUUCAUGCGACCCAAGGAUCCGCAUGCCGAGCUUUGGGAUGGGCCGCGCACCGGACCCGAGAUGGCCGUGCCGCUGUUCGGCGUCAACGAAGCCCAUCCGAUAGACCAGCUGGACCAGGUGCUCGCCAAGCGGGCCGCUGCCCUGAAGCCGCAUCUCUGGUUCGACCAGAAGCACUCCGACCUCCCCUCCCUGACCGAGGAGAUGAAGCGGCUGAGCGGAAAGGAGCAGCGACCCUACCUGCCGCCCUACUCGUUCAUCGAGGGCAUGCGGGUGCUCAAGUCCCCCGCAGAAAUGGAUCUCAUGCGACGCACCUGCGCCAUAGCCUCCCACUCCUUCAACGAGGUGAUGGCCGAGAGCAGGCCCGGCCUGUCGGAGCACCACCUGUUCGCGGCCAUUGACUUCAAGUGCCGCAUGCGCGACGCCAGCUACCUGGCCUAUCCGCCAGUGGUAGCCUCCGGCCGGAACGCCACCAUCAUCCACUACGUGACCAAUAAUCAAGUCGUGGGGGUGCAGGACAUGGUGCUGAUGGACGCCGGCUGCGAGUACGGCGGCUACACCAGCGACAUCACCCGCACCUGGCCGGCCAGCGGAGUGUUCACGGACCCCCAGCGCACCCUCUACGAGAUGCUCCACCAGCUGCAGCUGGACGUCAUCGAGAUGAUCAUGUGGCCGGGGGGCGAAACCCUGGACCAGCUGUUCGAGAGCACCUGCUUCAAGCUGGGCAAGUACCUGCAGGAGAUCGGACUGGUCUCCAAGUCGAUUACCGACUUCAAGGAGCUGGCCGCGCAAGGCUAUCGCUUCUGUCCGCACCACGUCUCCCACUACCUCGGAAUGGAUGUGCACGACACACCGCAUGUGUCGCGCAACACGCGCAUCGUGCCCGGCAUGGUAUUCACCGUGGAGCCGGGCCUGUACAUUAGUCCCGACUGCAAGGAUGUGCCGCCGGAGUUCCGCGGCAUCGGCAUCCGCAUCGAGGACGACCUGCUGGUCAACGAGAACGGCCAAGUCGAGAUUCUCACCGCGUCCUGCAUCAAGGACCCGCGCGCGCUGGAAAAGCUCUGCCAGCAGCAGGUGAAGGAGCAGCAGGCCGAGUAGUAGGAGAUGGGCUCCAAAUUCCUAGUCAUACGUCGCUGUCCCGGCACACCUUCGUACUCCAUCCUUCGCAUCCUCCGCAUCCGGCAAAUUCGAUGUAAAAAGACGGCUGGUUAUUUUAUUUUAAAAUGAGAAAAUGGCCAAAUACAAAUUUGAAAUGCGAGUUGAA